AGGAAAAAGUUCUAGAAACCCACACCUGAAGAAAUGAUGCCAUUGCAUGCUGGUUGGUAAAAAUUUUUCCUUUUCAGAAAAGCAACUUUUUAAUCCAAAAGUUGUCGUCGGCAAAGUAUGGGAAUGGCAAUCUUUACUGUGUUGGUAUUUCUUCUGGGGAGGUAUUAACAGUCUACGUCAUCCAAUUGCGGACAGUUGUCUUGUUCUUUCCCUCCCUGAUCUUCCAUUGUCCCCUCUCUAUCUCUCUCUCUCGACUUCCCAGCUGUAGUUUCCUUCUUUUUGUUCUUUCUUGACCUCGCCACUUCCGGGUUGGAGAUGGGUUUCUUCCAGUUUCAGCUUUGAUGAUGGAGUGGAGUGUCCAAACAAAGAGGGUAGCAUUGUUAUCUUCCACAGGGUUAAACCGAUUGCCUCCAAAGUUUCCACCAUUGUAGAUCAGAGCAGGGCACCGACAGUCCUACGAAAUUAAGGUUGUUCAGCAGGAGAACAACCAUCUGAUUUUAUUUUCCUUGGAAAAUGAAAGCUCUCUUUUUUCUCCUUUGAACUUGGUUUUGCUUCUGGUGAUGAUCUCCCAAUUUGGGUGUUCUGAGCAAUUUACAUUCAAUGUUCUGCUUCUUAGCUUCUCUCCCCCACCCUUGCGCAAAUCUUGAAAUUCUACAGAUUUCCAGUUCCUCCUCCAAUCUUCUUUUUCCUCCUCUUUACUUGUGCAGAAGUAGUGUGGGUUGACACAUGUUUUUGAUUACCAGAGCAGUGAAUUUUUGGCUUUUUGAUGAGGUUUUUGUUUUGCAAAUUACAUUGCCCUUUCAUCUGCUUCUGCAAACCUGCUCCUCAUAUUUACACACCGGGACCACUGAAAUUGGAAAGUGCCCCUCAUGUCCCUCCUUCCACAGUUGUCUCUGUCCCUGAUGCUUCUCAUCAGUUGUCUGCUCAGACCAAUGAGGUCAAGCAUGAUGAGCGGCGGCAGCAACAUCAACAAGGCGAAGUUGGUAAUUGCGUCAAGAGUAGUCUCAAGAAGGCAACUUUGGAGACCAAAGAGUCGAGGAAAAAGCAAGUCCAAUGGAUGGAUUUCAUGGGGAAAGAACUUUCUGAGGUCAGAGAAUUUGAGUCAAGUGAAAUACACGACAACUACAAAGAUGCAGAGACAAAUAGAGGCUGCGUCUGUGUCAUUCUUUGAUCAGACCGGAGAGAUGAAAGAACAGUUUGCGCUUCUCGUCUCCACAUUGUGUCCACCUGCAUCGGUGAGCUAGACAGUUCUCUGCAUCGAUAUCGACUUCCUGAUCGAGUACCUCCAUCAAUUGCAGCAAUUCCGGCUCCGGAUUCGACACUUCAUUAUGUUGAAUCAAUCUUGCAGAUCUAGGCACUUGAUCCACGAAAGUGCAUCUGAAGUAUCGUUUGAAGCCAACUAAAAGACAUAUACAAGAAGAGGGAUUCAUACCAUAGAAAUUCACUUUUCCUUGAUCUGAGAAUCAGACAAUGUUUCCUCGUUUCGCCACCAUCAGUUACAUGUUGCGUUUCCAAGGUUAGGAUGCAGGGGUUCAUCUUGAUGUUCUUUCUAUCGUGGCAGCC